AAACGUGUCAAACUUCCAUCCCUAAUACAAAACAAGACGAAAUUAUACGAAACAAUACACAAACAAUCACAUAGCCUUAAUAUACAUAUGCUGUAGGGCGCAAAAUGUCUGGUUCAAGCGGCAGAAAUAAAUUCACUAUCCAAAUUGCAAAGCUUUUGAACGAGGACGAGCGAAACCAGUUGGGGCUGAGCAUUCGUCAGCAAAAUGGACCCAUCAUCGGCCAGCAGCCGGCGCAGGAUCGUCUUAAGCGCCUCCAAACCAAUUUGAAGCGCUUGCAAGACAAAGUCAAACCAAAUCAAGUCAGGGAGAGGGAAAAACUGGCUGUGAAACGUGCUACACGCAGUUCUUCCACAUCGGAGAAAAUAUUGACGCCUCCUGCUGAGGUGGAAACUCCAAUCCGACGCAGAUCCAAUUCAUCUGGGGCACGACGCUCCCUGGCCGGGCGUUUAACUAACCAGCAGGUACACAAAACUCCAAGGGUAUCAUCUUUGAGGAAUGCCUGGGAAAAGCCAAUGGCGUUGCUGGAGGCCAGCAAUCGUAAUCCCACCGUGAGUGCCAACCAGCGUCUAUCGCGUUUGACGGCCAGCUUGCAGCAGAAACAAAAGGAGCAAAAGGUCAAGCUGGAAAUGAACAACAACCAUGUGCCUAAUCCAGUGCUGGAACCUGGAAUCUUUGAUUGCUCAGUAAGCGAGCCAGAUGAACCCGAGCCCAUGGACUGGGAGGAAUCGAUGGAAGAUCAAUCAGAGGCUAACGAGAUACUGCUUGUGCGCCAGGCCACCGAUGAUGAGGAGCUGCCUCCCCGCCGUCUGGAUCACAUGUACUUUGUGCUCGACACCAAUGUGUUGAUGCACAAUAUCAAGUUCGUUGAGAGUUUGGUUAAGGUCGUGCUGCCAGGAACGGUGGGAAGCAUGAUCUACAUUCCGUACAUCGUCAUCAAGGAACUGGACAAGUUGAAGGCCAAGAAUGGCGACGAGAACACCAAGCGCCAACUAGCCAUUAGAGCUAUUCGUUACCUAAACACCCAGUUCGACGAGACUCUGGACAUUCAGGCACAAUCGGCUGUGGAUGCUGCAGAACACCUGAUCGAUGUCGACUGCCCGGACGACAGUAUUGUCAACUGCUGCCUGCAGCUGAAGAAUGAAGUUCCGCACAUGAUGCUCCUGACCAACGACUCCAAUCUCCGUCUCAAGGGUAAAGCCAACAACAUUGAAGUUUCCUGCCGCUCUGAUCUCAUGGCCCAAUACCAGAACGAGUUCGCAGCCGUCUCCGGCUAGCACUCGCCUGCGACUAGUCCCUGAAUCCCAUUAAUUGAUAGACUUCGUUUGUGAUAUAGGAUUCCGGUUAGAGUUCUCCACGGGGCUUGGAAUCCUACUAGUCGGGCCAUUGUACCGCUGUGCACACAAAGUACAAUAAAUAAUUUAAUAAAAAAAAUACACAUCACAUACAUUAAGUUAGCCACCCAAGAUGUUCAGCUGAGAUUUUGCGUACUUUUAAGUAUUCAAGUUUACAAUAAACUUUCAUAUAAACUGCC